GUUGCGUAUUUGGUCGCGCUACAGCUACUACUACCAGAGGCUGCAUCAUCUGCGCCACGAGUUCUUGUCCUUGUGCACAGACAUCGAAAAAUGAAAUCAGAACAUGAAUUUGAGAUCCUACAUAACAUUGAGGAUAUGAUACCAGUGUACCUACGAGAGGUAAAGAUAAGCUCACUUGAUACGAACCAACAAGAUCACGAAGAAGCUAAGUUGUACCACCACUAGAAAAAUGGCUAGCUACUACAAAUUGUAAUUGUUUGGUGAAACGGAUCAGCCUGAACGAGUAAACGCAGAACCAAGUACAACAGCUUUGAUGAAGAAGAUCCGAAAAGACAGACAGAGACGACAUAAAAAAGUUAUCAUCCCUCUGUGUCCAGCUCCAGGUCAUAAUUUUUUACAGCUCCUAGAUGUAGAAUUUUCCUGUAAUAAACUUGAACCUAGAAGCAGCUCCCUAUCGUCUUCUUGCCGAUAUAUGUAAAUACAUUUCUUGACCACGAGGGCAUUGCUUCAAUUUUACUUGAAGAUAAUUUGUCUCUACGUACGUUUCGGCCAUCUUAUUCGUAAUUUGGAGUAAUAAGCAAGAAAAUGGUGGUUCCUGCGACAGCCUCGACCUCUGUGGGUCAUUCGGAUAUCAUCAGCGAGUAUGGUGGUGUGAUGCAGUCCCCAAACUUGGUUUACGAAGAUUUUCUGACGGUGAGCAAGGUGGACCACAGUCGGUUUGACAAGGUCGGCCGAAUCACCGCAGCAUCAGAGGAGGAGGACGCGACAAAGCUAGAAUAUGACGUCUACACGGAAAUCUUCCCCCUGCAGUCGGGAGACAAACUUCACGUGGUAAUGCUCAAGCAGCUCUCAGUUUCCGACAAACUCGUGCAUGCAUUCGACCACGACCCGCGAGUACUCGGAACGAGCAUAGCUGAUAAGUUCGGGUACUAUCAUCUACUUCUACUGAAAAUAAAUACAGAAUUUAAUGAUACAACAUCAGCCUCAGCGGACACGAAAAUUAUAAAACAGCUUCGUUUACGUUUCGUUUGAUAGAUUCUAAUCUAUCUUUUUCUGAUUCAGAUUGAUUCUUUUUGUUUCUUAGGUACGUCACUCACGGUGUCUGCUACGACCUCGCAAACGGAAAAGACGGACGAACAACCAUUCAUCUAUCAUUUGGUGGCUUGUUGAUGAGGCUUACUGCCCAAGAGCGAACGCUGAAAGGCAUCAGCAAGGACGAGCGAGUCUAUUUUCUGGUGCGAAAAGACAACUAAUUCUUGUCUUCAACAAGGGGUUCAUCUACAACUACUUAGACUUACGUGGUUCUUGAAAGGGUGGAUGCGGCUGUUCUUGACGUGGUGCGAUCUUGAUGAUGGCGGAGGUAGGGAUAAAUACUUAAGACGACAUUAUCAUUUUUUCCAAUUGCGGGACACGAACAACACCGCUGACGCGUUCAGAUGAACUGCUUUUCAGCAGCGCAAAUGACAUUGAUAUUCCCCCAGGCUCGGGUCAAAGUUAUCCCGAGAUAUUGCUUUACGAUUGCAUCAACAAUGUUUCGAAAUGUUAAGACGCAAUUAUCACCAUACCUGAUCCUUGCAAU